AUGGCGACAAGCCUGUCACAUUUCAUUGAAGAAAGGGGGUGGAUACCGACCUUAUUUAUUAGUCCUUACUUAGCAAAAUUCGCCUCUCCAUCGACGCCGAAUUUCCCAUCUCACACACUCGCUCUCUCAACCGCCUUCCGUGUCUCGCGCUAUAGCUUCGAGCGCAUGCGCGUGGUUGUUCGGACGCGCUUGGUGAGCACGCCAUCACUUGAGUUAGAAUUUGAUUUGAGUUUACGCGCAUCAAAUUACACGGUAGCUAUCUAUCUAUCUAUCUAUCUAUCUAUCUAUCUAUCUAUCUAUCUAUCUAUCUAUCUAUAUAUAUCUAUCUAUCUAUCUAUCUAUCUAUCUAUCUAUCUAUCUAUCUAUCUAUUUUAUUUCCGUCUGUUCCUAUCUAUCUAUCUAUCUAUCUAUCUAUCUAUCUAUCUAGUAUUUCCGUCUGUCCCUAUCUAUCUAUCUAUCUAUCUAUCUAUUGUACGAUAUAUAACACUAUCUAUCUAUCUAUCUAUCUAUCUAUCUAAUUCGCGUAUUGUCUCACUUUUUUCUUUCUUUCUUUCCUUUCUUUCUUCAAAACCGUCCUUUUUUCUUUUUUCAAAACCGUUUCCUUUUUCUCUCUUUCCUUUUCUUCACUUUCUUUUCUUUCUUUUUUCUUUCUUUCUUUCUUUCUUUCUUUCUUUCUUUCUUUCUUUUUUCUUUCUUUCUUUCUUUCUUUUUCUUUCUUUCUUUCUUUCUUUCCUUUCUUUCUUUCUUUUUUUCUUUCUUUUCUUUCUUUCUUUCUUUCUUUCUUUUUUCUUUUCUUUCUUUCUUUCUUUCUUUUCUUUUUUUCUUUCUUUCUUUUCUUUCUUUUUUUCUUUCUUUUCUUUUUCUUUUUUUUUCUUUCUUUCUUUCUUUCUUUCUUUCUUUCUUUCUUUCUUUUCUUUUCUUUCUUUCUUUUCUUUCUUUCUUUCUUUUCCUUUUUCUUUCUUUCUUUUUUUUCUUUCUUUCUUUUCUUUCUUUCUUUCUUUUUUUUUUUCUUUCUUUUUUCUCUCUCUAUUUUUCUUAUCUUUUUUUUCUCUCCUACAUUGUUUUUAUUUUUCCUUCUUGAAGUUUUUUUUCUUUCUACACCAGAAGAUAGGAAAAUGUGCUUUAGCCUUAUGCUGUUUCUCUCUCCAUAUCUAUCUAUCUAUCUAUCUAUCUAUCUAUCUAUCUAUCUAUCUAUCUAUCUAUCUAUCUAUCUAUCCUUCCUCUUGUCUCGAAUCUAUGCUGACAGUAACAUUAAUGGCUUUUCUGUCCAUUACCAGUGUUGAAAAAUACCACUGCUGUUCUCGAUUCGGCUUCAGUUUUUUUCUAUCUAUCUAUCUAUCUAUCUAUCUAUCUAUCUAUCUAUCUAUCUUAGUUUAUUCAAUAUCUAUCUAUCUAUCUAUCAACUUCAGUAUAUAUUGGACGCGGAUGUAG